UAAUAUUACUUUAAAUUGUUUCAACAUUAUCGCUGUAAACUUAUUUUUUUUUCUUCAAACUUUCCUCCAGCUUUGCAGUACUGCUGCUUUAUAAAAAAUAAGUUAAUGUAGGAGCAAGUUAAUGGAGCAAUUUUUUAUUUACGGUUCCAUACUUAAAUAGUACUUCAAGUUUCUAACUAAACGAAAUAAAUGAAGUAGCGAUCUAUGCGUGCUACUAUAAAAUUAUGAAAAUUACAGAGUAGUAGAAGCAAAAAACAGAUCAACAAUGAUAUAGAUACUUAUUGCAAUUAUCGAGGAGUUUAUGCGUGCUAUAUAUCGCAUGUAUUUUUACUUUAUUUCCCAUGAUUAUAGGAAUAGGUACUAGUAAUUACCAUAAAAGAUCAAACUCUAGCCAACAAAUAAAUAAUGCGCUAUUGAUCGCACCGUUCUACCCCUAACUAUCAUUUCUCUUCCUGCAAUAUUGUAUUUUCUUGAGCGUUGCUUAGUGCUUCGUAUUUAUUCAGAACAUAUUAUACAAUAAAAAUUAAUAUUACGAUAUGGCAGUCAUUCAGCUGAAGUUCCAACAGAUAUUUUAUUUCCUCCGAGUAUUAGGAACCAUUACUAAUACGUGGCCGCCGAAUCCGGAUAUUGGAAAAAACGAACUCCUUCUUCGUAACUUUUAUUGCUGCAUUAGUAUCUUCAUAUUCAUAACAGUGUGGAUACCAAUGUUAAUGUAUGCAUAUAAAACUCGAAAUAAUGAUGUCGGCGAGUUAAUGAAACACUUGUCUCAUGUGAUAACUCUUAUGGAAGCUAUUAUCAAUUCAAUUAUGUGCACAAUUAAGAGAAAACAGUUACAGAAAUUGGUAGUAAACAUCGAGGAAUUUAUGAAGUUUUCCAAGGAUCACGAAAGAGUUAUUCUGCAAAAGUAUAUAGAUCGUUAUAGUACAUUUAUAACGACUGUUUUUCAACUCUUCUGUAUGGCAGGUGUUGCUGUCAUUUGUGCCCCUUUAUUUAUGCCUCAGGAGUUUCCUCUGAAUGUAUGGUAUCCGUUUUCAAUGGAACCACUGUUACGAAAGUUUAUUCUCUAUGUUACGCAUAUACUUGCAACCGCGCACACUGUUUUCUGUCUUAAUGUGGACAUCAUGAUGGCUGUUUUCUUUUUGUAUUCAGCAGCUAGACUGGAAAUGUUGGCUUUUGAAAUAGAACAAGCUACGGAUGAAACUCAUGUCAUAUCGUCUAUCAAAAAACAUCAGGAAAUAAUAGAGUAA